GGCAGAGCGGAACACAGUCUCUGGGGCUCACUGCAGUGAUCCCGCCCCCGCAGCUCCUCAGCCAAUCGGUAGCUUCAGGCUCGUCGACAGCGUUCUCCGCUUUUUCCCCACCGGUGGGGAGACCGGCCGCGGGCCAGAUGUGGAGCGGGAGGUCCCGGGCCUUGCUCCGGGUGUGGGAGUUGUGGCCGGCAGGGGUUCCCGGAAGGAGACUGUUAAGCUGCAAUGCUGCGUCGCAGGCGAGAAGUAAUUCGCCCGGAUGUUGGAACUGCGGUGUCCCGGGGGCCCCUGGGCUGGGGGACGGGUUCUUCUGCCCGCAGUGCCGCGCGCUGCAGCCACCUGACCGAGCUCGAGACUACUUCAGCCUCAUGGAUUGCAACCGUUCCUUCAGAGUUGAUACCACGAAGCUCCAGCGCAGGUACCAGGAGCUGCAGCGUCUUGUCCACCCAGAUUUCUUCAGCCAGAGGUCUCAGACUGAAAAGGACUUCUCGGAGAAGCAUUCGACCCUGGUGAAUGAUGCCUAUAAGACCCUUCUGGCCCCGCUGAGCAGGGGACUAUACCUUCUAAAGCUCCAUGGAGUAGAGAUUCCUGAAGGGACAGAUUAUGAAAUGGACAAGCAGUUCCUCAUGGAGAUAAUGGAAAUCAAUGAAAAACUCGCAGAAGCUCAAAGUGAAGCUGCCAUGAAAGAGGUUGAAUCCAUUGUCAGAGUCAAAGUUACAGAGAGAAGAAAAGAGAGAUCUUCCAUCCUCUGUUUCACUCCCCAAGUGGCUACAGCGGCUGGAGCUGGGGCCUGUCCAGAGUUAGGAGUCAGGACCUUCUUCCAGAUCCACACAUAUGGCUAAACAGAAAGAACUUACUGACAAUGUGGGCAAAGCUUUUGAACAAGAUGACUUUGAAAAGGCCAAGGAAAUUUUAACAAAGAUGAGAUACUUUUCAAAUGUUGAAGAAAAGCUCAAGUUAAAGAAGAUUCCCCUCUAAUUGUUGCUAAUUUAAGGCUUUAAAAAUAAAGUUCUUAUAUAUUUC